AUGCCGUCGGGCGGGUCCGCGCGGUCCACGCCGCGACGCACGUCGGGGGGCGUGUCGCGCUCGUACACGGACGAGCUCCAGCAGCAGUCGCCGCUCAUGGCGCCGGCGUCCUCCGCCUCCCCGAGCGCCUUCGGCGGCGGCUCGUCGCGCUUCUCCGCGGGCGGCGACGAGGCGGCGGCGGAGCUGCUCAUCGGCAUUCCGCCGAAGCGCCGCGCGGGCAGCAGCAGCUCCGCCGGAAGCUUCCAGGAGCGCGACCGCAAGACCGUGUGGUUCGGCCGGCCGGGCCACGGCGCUGUCGGCAUCUCCGGUGUGGAGAGCGACGCGGGCAGCAGCGCGGGCAGCCUGGGGGGGGAAGGGUCCGCCUUCGGCAACUCGCUGACCGGCCCCGCGAGCUCGCGCCUGAACGGGCUGCUGUUCGGCGGGGGGAGCGGCGGGGGAGGCGGCAUGCCGUCGUCGAUGGUGGGCGAGGAGGAGACGAUGCCCAUCGCGGGCACCGUGGGCGAGCCCAGCCCGUCGCACGGCGGCACGCUGCGCGACUACUCGAUGCGCGGCGGCAAGCACUUCUGGACAUCCGCGCCUCCCCCCAUGGACCCGGCAGUGUCGCAGGCGGCUCCCGCGCCCCCCGCGCAGUCACAGUGGGGGGAGCAGAGCAGCGCGCAGGGGGGCGACGGCGCAGAGGGGGAGGGGGGCGGGGGGGAGCAGGCGAGCGCGGACGGGUCGGGCGGGACAGGCGGGGAGGAAGAGGGCGCGUGUGCAGGGCCGUGCUGCAGCUCGCGCGCGCCUGCCGUGGCGGGCAGCACCGCCACCAUGCCGUCCGUCUGGUGGUCCGCCGCGCUCCACGUACGCCCCGCGCCCACUCCCUUCCCCUUCUCCCCCCCCGCGCCCUCCCACUCUGCGGCCCCCCUUCGUUUUAGAGUGUGUGUGUGGGUGGUUGUUGUGUUGAGCAUAGGGAGGGUGGCGCGCGCCAGGCAAGUGAGUGGGGGGAGCAUGAGGGGCCGAUGGGCCACAGCACAGGCGCUGCAAGCACAGGGCAUUUCAGAGGUACCCUGUCGCCUCUGGAAUCUGGGGCUCAUGGCCUCUCUCACUCUCAUACCCGCGUCCUCCUCCCCCCCGCGCCUUAUGGCGCACACGCCCUUCCUGCCCAUGGUGCCGCGCUGCCCUGUCCUCCCACGGCAGCACGGAGCGCAGGUGCAGCUGCAGGCGUCCAACGGGCUGUGGGUGGGGCCGCGCCUGCCAGCGGGGCGGUGGGCGGAGCCUGGCGCGUACCACGAGGGCGCGCCCGCCAGUGAGUUCUACACGGUGGAGCGCGAGGACACGCAGGGCCACGGCAGCGGGGCGGUGCGCCUGCGCACGCCCCAUUGCACGUACCUGACGUGCGCGCGCGAGCUCACUGUCACGGGGCUCGACGCCUCCGCCACUCCCGCCUCGCUGCUCUCCAUUGAAGUGGUGGAGGGCAUACCGCAGAAGGCGCGCAUACAGUGCAGCGACGGGUCGUUCAUAGUGGUGGAGGAGUCGGGCAUCCUCAUGCGCUCGCGCAACCGCGACGUCGCCGAGGCAUUCGCCGUGCGCGAGGCCAUGCAGCUGCCCGCCUUCCGCGGCGUGGGCCUCCCGGGGUGGCUGGUGCUGGAGGGCUGGCUGCGCCCGGACCUGUUCCGCCGUGUGCCUGUGUACAUCGACGGGCUGCAGUUCUCCCUGCAGUCGCUCUACACGGGCAGCUUCCUGCAUGUGGACCCCGCGAAUGGGUUCCGCCUGGUGGCCAAGGGCAUGCAGCCGGGCGACUGGGCGUCGUUCCACAUGCGCACGCUCACGCUGGAGGACCGCCACCUGCACGAGGUGCGCUCGCUCGACUUCUCCUUCUGGUCGCUGCACAAUUCCUCCUCCCCGCCCGCCAACGCCUCCGCUGCUGCAGGCUCUGGCGCCCCAGCAGCGCCAGCGGGAGGCGGUGGGGGCAUGGCGGAGGUGCGCAGCGACGUGGCGAAUCCGGGCGGGGAAGGCCUGGAGACGUUUCGGUUUGUGUUCCACGGCGCGGAGGCGCGGUGGGUGAUGAUCCAGGCGCCCAACGGGCGCUUCCUGUCCGUCAACGACGACGGCAGCGUGACGGCGUCCGUGCCGGCGGAGCAGGUGAACACGGCGGUGGGCAGCUGGGCGUGGACCACGGGCGUGGCUUUCCUGCUCGUGCACAACACGGCGGUGCGCGGCGAGUGGCAGAUGGGGCGGCACUGGGGGCCGGACGAGGUGGAGAAGCGCCUGGAGCAGCACCGCAGCACGUGGGUUACGGAGGAGCACUUUGGCGCGCUGCAGCAGGCGGGGGUGAACGCUGUGCGCGUGCCCGUGGGGUACUGGAUUGCGGAGGAGGGCAAGGCGGAGGGGGAUGUGGGUGCGGGGGGCCCGCUGUACCCGUUCAGCAAGGGCGGGCUCAAGUACCUCGACUGGGCCUUUGACAUGGCCGCCAAGUACGGCAUGCGAGUCAUGCUCUCCCUGCACGCAGCACCGGGGUCGCAGAACGGGUACGAGCACUCAGCCUCGCGGGACGGCAUCCCGGACUGGGCAGCAUCACAGGUGAACAUAGACCGCACGGUGGAGGCCAUCGACUGGUUCGCCCAGCGCUACGCCACCAACGACGCCUUCGCCGGCAUCGCGCUGCUCAACGAGCCGCUGGAAGAGGCCAUCUCCGCGGAGACUCUAGGGAACUACUACGAGCGCGCGUACGCGGCGGUGCGCGCGCACUCGCAGUGCGCGUACGUGGCGAUCAGCGCGCGCGUGGGCGCGGAGGCGACGGAGGUGCUGGACUUCCUGGCAGACGAGGCGCAGUUCACGAAUGUGAUCCACGACGAGCACUUCUACAACAUCUUCCAUGACGCCCCCAAGUCCACCGCCACUCCCGCUGCAGCCGCCACAGAUCCCGCUGCUACCGACCCUGCUGCCAACACGGCCGCCACGGGGGACGCUUGGGGCGGCGCCGGCGCUGCUUCAGGCAACCUGUCGGCGGUGCUGAGCUUUGUGCUGACGACGCGCGUGAAGGAGCUGGGGCUGCUGCAGCCGGCGGGGAGCGAGCGUGUGGCGAUGGUGGGCGAGUGGUCGCUGGCGGUGGAGGGGCAUGACAGUGUGGACGAUGCGGGCAUGGCGGGUCUGGCGUCCGCACAGCUGGCGGCGUAUGCACGUGCACGCGCCGGGUGGUUCUUCUUCUCACACCGCAUGGGCCGCCCACAGUUCCCGCGUUUUAGCUUCCUUGACUCGCUCGGGCGUGGGUGGCUGUCGCUGCAGGGUGGUGGCGGGUGGUACUAG